CGAAAUCAAAAUUCUUGUUUGAAUUCUGGGACUCGUAAAAUAUUUUAUGGCACAGUUUGAUUUUGUUAUUUUACGAGGGCACUACCUUGAACGAAAAACUUGACCGCAUAGAAGACUAAAUAAAGGCCUGAUAGUUCUCCAUCCUCACUAUGCCACCACCACCGUAUGGAUAUGAAGAUCCAUAUCGCCAUCGCCAUCAUCAUCACCAUCAUCGCCCAGGUAUCGAAAUUGAUAUUGUACCCGGCUGGAGUCGUCCAUACUAUCCUCCACCUCCCCUACCGCCUCCUAGAGCUGAGGUGGUUGUCGUAACUCCAGCUGCCACCUACAUUCCACCUCAAGUUCCAGGCCAAUACUACAAUAAUGGUGGUUAUUGCAAUAACGGCUACAAUGGAUAUAAUAACCCUCCCUAUCCAAGGUGGUGAUAUCUGAGUAUUGGAAUACCAGUCAAGGACUUAAACAUUUUAUAAUUACAACAAUAAUAAUAAAAUAAAGACUGCUGUGUCCGUUCUACGCUUUGCAAAUAAAAAAUAACACACUCGAUAAUCUUUAACCAUAACUUUGAAGA